GUCGGGGGUGCGAGUAUCGGGGCGCGCGUAGGCGCGGGCGCGCGCGUGUCGUAGCGCGCGUAGGGGCGGGCGCGCGGCUGGCGGCUGCGGCUGGUUGCGGGCCGAGCCGGGCGGGCCGCGGGUCGAGGCCUUCGGGAGGUUUGCGCCGCUCGUGCUCGGGCUCGGGCCCCGGCUCAGCUCGGGUUCAGGUUCCGGCGCGGCCCCGGCUCGGGUUCGGGCUCCGCUUCGGGCUCCGGCCCGGGCUCCGUUUUGGCUCGGGUACCGGCCCGGGCUCCAGCUCUGGCUCCUCCCGCUCCGGCUCGGCUCGGCUCGGCUCGGCUCGGGUCCAGGUUCAGGUUCGGGCUCCGACCCGCCUCGGGUUCGGACUUCGGUUCGGCUCCGGCCCGGCCCGGUUCGGCUCAGGGCACGCGGCGCCCAGGCCUGCGGAGGAGCACAGACUCACGCCCCGUGGACCGUCCCUUCCUUCCUGCCGCGUGGAGCCCAGAGCCAGCGGGACCCAGCGCGGAGGAGCAGCAGAGGUCGUGGACACCUGGCGGUCACACUGGACUUUCAGGGUUCCAGGUGGGAGAGGGCCCGGCUGACCCAGAGGUCAGUGGUCACCGGAACAGACACGCUUCCUCCUGACAGGACUGUGCCUGGGCUCUGCAGCAGGACACAGGCGUGCAUGAGGUGCCCGGGGCGAGGCAACCGGGCAGCUGUGGAGGCAGACACCCACCCAACUGGGCCCGUGUGGGCGAAGACCUCUCCUGAGGAGCCCUGAGCCACUCGGGAUCCAGCGGUCCUUCAGGUAGUUGCUGAAUGGCUGACAUCUGACAACAUGCACCAGCAGUGGCUCCUCCUGGCCAUCUGCUUCUGGGUGCUCUUCAUGUUCAUGGUGGCCAGCAAGUUCAUCACGCUGACCUUUAAAGACCCCGAUGCCUACAGCGCCCGGCAGGAGUUUCUCUUCCUGACUGCCGUGCCGGACUCCAGGGGGCUCCCAGGACAGAAACCCUUCCUCAAGGAACUGAAGCCCGGUUCUCAGCCUCACCCCGUGCAGCCGACCGAGAAGCUGCCCUCGGCCAGCGUGCUUGUCCAGCCGCUCGUCUACAUGGAGCGCCUGGAGCUCCUCAGGAACGUGUGCAGGGAGGAAGCCCUGAGGAACCUGUCGCACACGGUCGUCUCCAAGUUUGUCCUGGACCGGAUCUUCGUGUGUGACAAGCACAAGAUCCUCUUCUGCCAGACGCCCAAAGUGGGCAACACGCAGUGGAAGAAGGUGCUGAUCGUGCUCAACGGAGCAUUUCCUUCCAUCGAGGACAUCCCUGAGAACCUGGUUCAUGACCAUGAGCGGAACGGGCUUCCUCGCCUCUCGUCCUUCAGCAGAGCAGAGGUGCAGAAGCGCUUGAAAACGUACUUCAAGUUCUUCAUCGUCAGGGAUCCCUUUGAGAGGCUGAUUUCUGCCUUCAAGGACAAGUUCGUCCACAACCCCCGCUUCGAGCCUUGGUACCGGCACCUUAUCGCCCCCGGCAUCAUCAGGAAGUACCGCCGGAACCGGACCGAGACCAGAGGCAUCCAGUUCGAGGACUUCGUGCGCUACCUGGGUGACCCCAGCCACCGGCGGCUGGACCUGCAGUUUGGGGAACACAUCAUCCACUGGGUGACCUACGUGGAGCUGUGCGCCCCCUGCGAGAUCACGUACAGUGUCGUGGGCCACCACGAGACCCUGGAGGAUGAUGCGCCCUACAUCCUCAGGGAGGCGGGCAUCGACCACCUGGUGUCCUACCCUGCCAUUCCCCCCGGCAUCACCUCGUACAACAGAACCAAGGUUGAGCGCUAUUUCCUGGGUGUCAGCAAGCGCGACAUCCGGCGCCUGUACGCGCGCUUUGAGGGGGACUUUAGGCUUUUUGGGUACCAGAAGCCAGACUUCCUGCUGAACUGACAGGGUCUGACCAGGAGGAGAGUUCAGAACGAGCUUCGGCGUCUCUGCUAAGGCUGCCCGGUCGCCCUGGUCUGCACUGCCUCUGCUUGUCCCUGUCCCUGGGCUUGGCCUCAGGGCCACGGGGAGAAAGAUGUGGCCCCUCAGCACCCACAGCCCAAUAAAUGAGGGGUCGUUCCCUGAGCCUGCCCCGCUGGGCACCCAUGGGUGGCAGGAGCGGCACCCAGUGCUCUGCUGCAGAGCAGAGAUGGGUGGCUGACGGUCUGCGGGCUGUAAGGCAGUGGGUGGCCCUGCCCUGGGGCGCAGAGCUAGCCCAGGGGAACACGCUUCUCUCGAGACAGGUCCUGAGCUCCUCGUCUGGGCUGCCAAGCCCACCCGGGAAGGGCUCUUCCUGCGGCCUGGAAGAGAACAUGGCGUGGGGUUUGCGGACACCAUCUAAUAGCCGUCCUCCUCCUGUCCUUGUCCCCUCUGCCUGGCCCCGUGCCUCUCAUCUCAGCAAAUGUGGACCCGGACCCACUGGGUCAUGCCAUCACCUGGCCUGCAUGGCUGCAGGUGGCGAUCACACUCACAGCUCACAGCAGUGAGAUCCGGGCUGGCAGCUGCCGGUAGCCCGCCCACCAGCGCGGGCGCCGCGGACAGGCUGGGCCCUGAGGGGUUCUCCAUGCAGCCUGGUGAUGGUGAGGGUAGCAGGGAAACAAGUUUACAGGAUGUGCCAAGCCUGAGGGGCCACAGUCCCAGGGCCAGUGCUGGGGGGCUGCUGGUCAAGGGACAGUGGAUGGAGGGAGGCUGAGGAGUCCUCAGCGUGGCCCUGCCCCCCUCCCCGCACGGUGGGACAAAUGAGUUGUUUUUCCAUAAAGUUUUGGCAAAGUCUUGUCAGAGUCAUUUCCUGA